AUGGCAGACAAGAAAGUCGCAGACCCAACACAAACAAACCCGCGGGGCAUCCCCUUCGCCCCCUUCGUCGACAAUGUCUCGGACUACGUCUCCUCCCGCGCAGACGUCGAACCCACAAUGCGCUCGUUCCAGGAAAUGAUCUCAAAGUACCAAUUCAUGGAAGUCAACACCACGCGGCGCGCCGCCGGACUGCGCGAGAAGAUCCCCGAUAUCAAGAAGACGCUGGAGAUGGUGACGUUCCUGAAGGCGCGGAAAGAGAGCUCGUCGGCGACGCCGCUCGAGACGAACUUCGAGCUCAACGAUACGCUGUAUGCGCGGGCGACGGUCGACCCGAAGGACACGGAGGAGGUAUAUCUCUGGCUCGGAGCGAAUGUGAUGCUGGCGUACCCGAUUGCGGAGGCGGAGGUUAUGUUGAAGGAUAAGCUGACUGCGGCGGAGACGAGCCUGGCGCACUGUGAUGAGGACUUGGAGUUUUUGAGGGAGCAGAUUACGACGCUGGAGGUUGCUACGGCUCGUGUGUAUAACUGGGACGUGGUGCAGAGGCGGAAAGAGAAGGCUGAGGGCAAGGAUGAGGCCUCAUAA